AUGAGAGAGACAGUCGAGAUGACCGUUUCACGAGCUGAGCCGUCAUCGUCACCGUCAUCGUUCGUCUUCUUCGUCUGUCGUGGAUGGCCCUCUCUCUCUUCUACUGCUUUCUGCUCUCUCCUGGACGGCCUGGUGAUGUCUGAUGCCCGGCUGCCAGUGGUUGCACAGCUCGGAGGCGAGCUAGAUCAUCCGACUGUUUUCUUCUCUUCUGCUGCUAACUUCUCUGGCUCUUCUGCCUCUUCGAUGUAUAUUUUUAUCUGCAGUGUCUUCUCUCUCUCCCUCUCUCUUCCUCCCACCUUCAACCCUCACCUUGACCUCAUCUUCAAACGUCCCAUCGACUGUCCUCCACCACGGCGGACCUCCUUUGCCGCCUGUCUCUGCUGGCUCCGUCUCCUCCUCUGGGUCCGAAACACUAACCAUCAAAAUAAGAAGGAGAAGAAGAAGCAGCCAGAAGGAAAUAAGAAUAGGAAGCUAGCUAUCCGUCGCCGUCGCCGUCGCCGUCCUCUCCUGUCCUCUCCUCUCCUAUAUCUAUAUAUAUUAAAAAAGAGAGAGAGACUUCCGCCUUUGGUUACCUAA